UCAAAGCAUUGUCAUUUAAACACCAAUGAACAUAACCUCACAAAUGACACAUCAAUUUAAAAACGCAUGAAGAUCAUUGUAAUAAAGAAAAACAUUGUGAAAUUCUGAAUUCUAUUUAAUUUAAAAUAAAAAUGAACAUGAAUAUUUGUAGACGAUUGUUUUCAACGCUGAAUAAAUUGUAAGCAAUUAAAUAUUCUAGAAAUUGUCGAGUGAAAAUGUUAUUACAGUACAUUGCCAAAUGUCGACACACGACCAAAUGUCGGAAUACCGAGAGUUUUUUUAUUUUUAGGUCUGUGCUCCAAACAAUAAAUUAUAGACCGGUGCUAAGUAUAAAUUCGAAUCAAAAGGCUGCCUUUUGCAGUCAUGAAUCCAAAACUGGAGUUAAUGAUGAAAAACCAAAAUUGGGUCUACGAAGACGAAAUCUCCAGCCAUAUCCACAUAUCGAUUGUGUCAGAGACCUAAAAAAUGAAAAUUAUUCACCCUCAUCACACAAACUCGUUAAGUAUGGUGAACACGAUUUUUUACAGCGAUUUGAUGGAUAUGUGUGUGUUUUUAUAAGUGGAUAUCAUCAUCCACGUAAUCUUGAUGCCAAGUCAGGGUAUUCCGUCUAUUUUAAUCAAGAUCAUCCAUUGAAUUUGCAAGGAAGUGUUGAGCGCCGGCAAUCUAAGAUCCAUGCAAGACUAUAUGCCGUCUUGAAAGCAAUGCAACAAAUUCCAAAAGAUUCCUUUAAGAAAUUGUGCAUUCAGACCGAUGAUCUUGGACUGAUUACGUUUAUCGAUCAAAGCUUACGAAGCAUGAGUGAAAAUUCAUUUCGCAGUGUCUACACCGGCAAAUUAAAUAAGGACGUACAAACAUCCAUGGAAUUAAAUGAAAUUCUUAGAUCGAGACAAGAUCUGACAUUGCAAUUAAUGUUUUGCCCGAAUGAUAUUUGUGUUGAUGGCAUGUACCAUGCAGUAAAAAUGGCAGAACGAGCUGCUGCCAUAGCUACAGAAGACGCUAAAAAAACAGAUAAUCGAUUGUAAAUUUAUUUUACAGUAAAUAAAAUCAGAAUAAAAUUAAA